AUGUUUCUGUUCUUCAUCAUCAACUUAGCAAUAAGCCUGAAGGAAUUUCUCGAAUGGAAUUCAAAAAACACUGGAAUUGUGAUAAAAUAGCUUGACUUGGGCCUUCAGGGUCUUAUUCAGCCAAGUACAACAAUCGAUUGGGGACUCGUCCUCGUCCUCUUCUUUUUUUUAGCCUUUCUCGUUCAGAUAUUCCAUGCACAUAUUGCAAUAUUGAAUGCUUGGCCUGCAGCGGUACAAGGAGAAGGGAAUUGA